AUGGAAGAUGGUGAAUUAGAUUUAAAUCCUGUACAGAAAAGGGAUAGAGAUAGAUAUUUGGCUUUCGAAAGAGAAAGAGAGAGAGAACGUGAAAGAGAAAGAGAGAGAGACAGAAGAACUAAUGGCAGUCAUCUUGAUAAUAGAAGGUUUUCAAAAGAGAUAAGAAGUAGAUCAAGGUCUAGAUCACCUCCACCAGCAACUCCACCAACAGCAACAACGACAACGACACCAAGUCUAAAACCAACAGCAGUACCACCAAUAGCCCCGACAACACCUACAACACCAACACAUCCACCUAAACAAGUAGUUGCACAGCCAUUACUAAACAAUAAAAGAUUGUCAUCACCACCAAGAUCAGCUAUUGUAACACCUACACCAACAACAUCAUCUUCAUCUUUGCCUACAACAACAACAACACCAACACCAACUAAAAGAAAUACUAAUAAUACAAAUACAACAACAACUACGAAAUCAUCGAGAUCAAGAUCACCUUCACCUUCACCUUUAUCUUCUUCUUCUUCUUCUUCUAAUACUUCAAAUUUCAGGAAAUCACCACCUCCACAACAAACACAAAGAAGAACUUCAAUACCAUCAACUACAAAUACAUCAUCAUUAUCAUCAUCAAGAAAUAAUAGUAAUAGUAAUAAUAAUAAUAAUAAUAAUAAUAGUAGUCCAAUUAAUAAUGAAUCGGAAUCAAUAACAACAACAACAACAGUACCAAAAACAUUACCAAAAUCUAUAGUAAUUUCAGGUGAAGAACAAAAGGAAAAGUUGAUAAAGCAAUCACUGAAACCAAAGUUUGAAUAUGAACCAAACUUACCACCAUUUCCUAUUAGAUCGCGUGCAGCUUGCGAUUGGAUUGUUCUGGGUGAGGGUGCUCUCGGGAGUGGCGAACGUCAAUACCGUGUCAAUGGUUAUGUCACUGAGAGUGACGCAGUCGACAACAUCUACUCAGAGUUUAUCGAUCCGAGAGAGUAUCAUCCGUACAGUCUAUUCAACACACCACCCAACACUCUCACAUCAUCAUCAUCAUCAUCAUCGCUGAUAACACCACUAACACUACCAUCGAUUCCAUCGGCACCACUCUCAACAGUGGAUCUACCGAUUCCCAUAUUCAUCAGUGACAAGAAUACACAGGUCAUUCAAAUACCGAGAACCAUACAUCUCUCAGGACUGCCGGCUACCGUCGACGAGAAGGUGAUUCGCGACAACUUCCAACGCUAUGGAACCAUCGACAGGAUAAAGAUAUACUACCUGCAGGUCAAUAACAACAGCAGCAGCAAAGUUAGCUCUGGUAUUGCCAGUGUUAGCUUCAACGAGAUGUCGAGUGCACUCAAUUCUAUAAAGCAAUUCAGUGAGAAUCCAGUGAUACACGGCAGUCGCAUAAGAAUCAAUCUCGAUCCACUCGGACACCUCUCUCAAUCACUGUUUGACUCGAUGUUGUCCAAGAAACCGGCAACCACAUCUCGACAACUCAUCAAAGAUCUUGGUAUCUCUGAAUACGGAUCGGUUGCAAUCAACCUGAACAACUCCUAUUCCAACGCACCGGUUGGUGAGUGGAUGACUCAGUUUGGACUGUCGCGAAUUCAAGCAUUGAAACAAAGUGUAUCAAACAGUAGCAGCAGUAACAGCAAUAUUAAUUUAUCAAAUAGCUCAACAACAACAUCACCAACUUCAUCGACAACAACAACUCCAACUUCUUCUUCUUCUUCAUCAACAUCGACAUUGUCACAAUUAUCAACAACAGCACCAACAUCAGCAACAGCAGUAUCUACACCAAACAUUUCUUCAGAGAAAGAAAUACCACCAACCUCAGCAGGAUCAACAGGUCAAGAUUAUUAUCAAAUGGAUUACUUUGACAAUCAUUAUGACUCUAAACAACAGCUACAACAACCUCCUCAUCUACCAACAACUUCACAUCCACAUUCAAUCCCACCUCAUCAUCAUAUGGGAUUGGUAUCUCCACCACUUGUACCGAAAACACCUUUGAUUCCACUACCAACCAAUCCAGCGCUGCUCACCAAGAGUCAACAGUUUCACCUGCACCAAAUGCAUCAACAUCACUAUCACAAUCAUCAACAUCAUCUUCACCAUCUACACAUGGAGCAGCCAUACGACCCAUUGCAUCCAACAGAUUCAUCGAGAUCACCAAUUCCCGAAGACUAUCCAGAGUAUUUCCCACCACCUCUUAGUUUACGAGCGGGAGCAGCACCACCACCACAUCUAUUACAACAACCACCACUUCCAAUGUUCAAACCGAAACCAAGAUUCGGUCGACAAACACCAUUCUCUGUACAGAUACCAUUCAGUCCAGCACUGCCUCGAGACAAACGACAACGUGACAAACUCUAUAAACUUUUCAGGCCAUUCGAUCCUUUCAAUGUUUACUACGACGAUGUCUAUUGGUAUGUCGAUUUUCGUAACAAAGAACUUAGAGAUGGUGCAAUCGCUAAAAAUAAUGGAACUUUUUAUGAAAUAAGACCACUUGAUAGUGAAAAUAUAGAAUUUGAUCAAAUGCCACAACAACCACCUAUUGUACCACCACAACAACCACAUCCAUCACCAUCUUUACAACCAAAACAACAACAACAACAACAACAACAACCAUCUGUACAACCACAACAACCAAAGAUUGAUAAUAUUAUUGUUAAAGAUGAAAAGAAAGAAAAAAUUGUUGAUAAAGUUAUGGAUGAUAUAUCGAAUGAUAGCAGUAAGCAACUAAAGAUAUCAUCAACUUCACCUGUACAACAGCAGCAACAGCAACAACAACAACAACAACAACAACCAAUUGUAGAUAGAAAGAAAUUAUUAUUGGAGAACUCAGAGUUCCUAAGGGAUCUUUGUCAGAAGUUAGUGUGUGACGAGUUGAUUUCGAUUGCUGCUGUCGAUGCUCAGAAAGUGAUUGUGGAGGCAGAGAUUGCCGCUGCCAUCAAAGCAAUAGAGAUACAGCAACAGAGCAGAGAAAAGAUUGACAUUCUUGGUGAAAACGAUGAGCUGACCGAACAGCAGCUACAACAACAACAGCUGCUAUCAUCAUCGGGUGCAUCGAUUUCACGUGACUUUGCCAACUCGUCAGACAACACACUGUUCUCAUCGAUGUCUGCGGAAACGAGCGGAGUUAAAAAGUCGAUUGACUUUGGAUCUUUGCCAUCGUUCAAGAAACAUUCAAAUAAGUACGAUAAGCAUGAAGAGGAGGAAGGACAAUUUAUAGAUCAUGGUGAUAGUGAUAGCGACCAAGAGAUAUCAUCUUCGAGAUCAAGAAGAAAUCGUGAUAGACGUAGUAGUGGACAUAAAUCCAAACAACAACAACAACAACAAUCCACAGCCGUUAAGAAAGAAAAGUCAUCAAGUAGCAGAUCAAGAAGAAAUAGACAAUCAUCAACAGAUCAAUUGGAACUAUCUUCACCUGUACAUGCCAAUGAUGAUUCCGAGGAAUCAAUGUCCGAGUCGGAUUUGUAUGGAUUGGAGGUGGUGGAAGAACGAAAGAAACGUCAACAACAAGAGUUGAAAAAGAAGAAAAAGAUAUCUACCUCUAGAGCUGAACGUGAGAGUAAGAACAAAUCGUCAAGGUCAACAAAGAAACAACAACAACAGCAACAACAACAACAACUUCAAGACGAUGCAAUUAUGGCACAACUCGCUCCCGAUGAAGAAGAUGCAUACUUUAUGGAUUAUGUUAUCAACCAGGCUGGAGGAGAAGACGAAUUGACACCGGAGCAAGCACAACAACAAGCAGAGGAGGAAGAAGAUGAACUAUUAAGUCAACUGCCUGUCAAUCCAUCUGGUUCCGCAAGAACAGAACCAUACUCAAAGUAUAGCGAGAAAAAGAAAAAGCUGCAAUCGACUACCGUACGAAGAACUACUGCCGGCAUCGAUCUGGAUCUGUCGAGAUCGGCCAGAAGCAGUCGUUACGAGAGCAGAAUGGGUGGCGACAUCGUACUGACCUCGAGAAAGAAGAAGAUCAAAUUCUCAAGAUCUGCCAUUCACGACUGGGGUUUGUUUGCAUUGGAACCGAUCACCGCAAAAGAUAUGGUUAUCGAAUAUAUCGGUGAAGUCAUCCGUCAAAAGGUUGCAGACGAGCGUGAGAAACGUUACACCAAGAAAGGUAUCGGUAGCAGCUACCUCUUUAGAAUCGACGACGACACCAUUAUCGAUGCUACAUUCAAAGGAAAUCUUGCAAGAUUCAUCAAUCACUGUUGUGAUCCAAAUUGUAUUGCAAAAAUCAUUCAAACUGGAAAUCAGAAAAAGAUUGUAAUCUAUGCAAAGAGAGAUAUCAUGAUCGGUGAGGAAAUAACAUAUGACUAUAAGUUCCCUAUUGAAGAUGUUAAGAUUCCAUGUCUCUGUAAAUCAGCUAAAUGUAGAGGUACAUUGAACUAA